GGCGCCAUCUUUGAACCAAAUUGUCGUCUGCAAGUGAGGUAUGUGACGCAGCAUUUCUAAAAAAAAGCUCUUAGACUCGAAAAUACCCGUGAAAACUUCGAAAACCGUCGUCUUACGGCGUAAGAAACGAGUCUGAGAAGAUAAAAUCAGUUAUGAAUCCAGUUUACGCGUUUAGCGGGACCACGGAAAUGCACUUGACCGCUACAAAAACGGCCCAUUUUGGUGGCAUAUGGAAACUUAUGACGAGGGAGAAUAUUCCAUUCUGUUUCACUGGGGCUAACAGAUGGCAGAGUGUUCUGGACUGGGGGCGGUACCAAGGCUUCUUCCCUGGGUUGGACGAGGUGAGGUACACUGCACCCUGCCUACCGCCAGGGGGCGUCUGUCUACAGGGAGGCGAUCCAGUCGUCCUGCCGCUGACAAGUGGUCACUCCUCCGACCUGAACCACAAUUACUCAAGUGUCUUACCGACUACCUCCGGAGGUAACCAACGUUUUUACGACCCGAGCGGGAACACCUUGUUCCGUCCUCGGGCGGACAGCGCAGGUAGUACCGGCACGGUGUCCCGCAAGUUAGCCUCCCUGUCCAUCGAUAAAUCAACCGACAACUCACCUAACGACAUCGAUGAACUGCCUGAUGUGCCGACUGUGGACGCAUCACCAGCGCCCCCUAGAGAGAACUAUUGGAGCAGCAUAGCCGUGACGGACGUCAGCGAGCCUGAGGAAGGUAGCGGGCCGGGGGACGGCCUGUCCCGGGUGACUGAGUACUACCGGCCGGCAGAUAGAACUCUCAGUUGUCUACACACUGCAGCAAUGGGGAACAGUGGAACACCGCCACAAGUGAUCAGGAGCCACAGCCGCCGUAAACCAGCUAAACCCACCAAGAGUCCUGCACGGUUCGACCCCGCCUUCAAAGGUGUGACGUUCCAGAUAGAGACGCUUCCUCACCCGAAACCGUCCCUCCGGAUCCGCUCCUAUUUCAGCAUCCGGCGACGCUCUCAGGCGGCUCGCCCGCGCCGCUUCUCGGAGUCAGACGCCGCGUCCUACCGCCGCCGCAGCGGCAGCCUGACGGAGACCACCAGCGGGUCUGAGCACGAGGAGCCGCACCCAACAGGACAACAUUCUCAUGGUGCUAAGCAGUGCGCCUCCUGUGACACCAAGAAGACUCCCCUGUGGCGGGACGCAGAGGACGGAACUCCGCUCUGUAACGCAUGCGGAAUCAGGUACAAGAAGUACCGAGUCCGCUGUACCCGCUGCUGGCACGUUCCUAAGAAGGACGGCAAGUCUUACCCUAACUGUGGACGCUGUGGAGACCUGCUGCGGGUGUCCAUCUUCCGCCGCUACAGUAUUUAAACUCACGCCGCCGUUUUAGUAGCUUCCUACAGUCUAUACCGUGCCUGGAAACGGUAGUAUGAAAUGGCUGUCUAGUUCAGCUAGAUACUGUAGAAGGGAAAAUGUUCGCGGUUUUCGCCAUGAUCUCUUUAUUACGAAAUUAAAGCCACCAAGAUUUUUCUGUCUUUUGUCCGUCUUUCCCUUUUGGGAGCCGCGAUUUUGAAACUACUGCAAAAACUCUAAUCCCCCCCCCCAACAUCUCCGUGAGCAUUUUCCCUUCUACAGUAUUACAUGUAGAUGAAGCAAUCGUCUUGGCGUUUAUUCGUUUUUCGAACCUAUUAUAUUGGGUUUUCCCGAUCCCUUUGCUGUUAGAGUUUUAAAGAGUUAAGCUCUACAUUAUUUAUAAUAUUUGAUUAUGUUUCUGAUGUGUCAUUUUGUUCUGAUGUACAUGUUUUCUUCAUGUACGAUUCUCGCACGGUUUUGUUAAUUGUUUUUGCAGUUUUCUUGAGUUUUAUAUAACCAUAUUGUGGUUAUCUAUUUGUUAGAUCGCACUGUUUGGGAACUCAAAUUUGAACACUGAUUACAACAUUGGAUGUACUGAAAUUAACGCGACCUUCAAGCAGAUAUUAGUAGGGUCACGUAUCAAAACGCCUCAAUAUCAGGAGUAUCUCAGAGAUUGACAUUGUCUACUCAAAUGUCAUUCAUACACACCAUUAUGCUAAUAAAGUUAUCUUGCUCAUGAUAAAAAAAGAGAUGGGACACAACAUGAUUGUCAUCGUGAACCGUUAAUUUUACUUGUGGUUGUCUUUGAUGUCAUUUCAAUAAAUUUCCCAAACAA